AUGUGGGACCAGCUGUCGACCACGCCUUUGCCCACCGACGUCGCGGCCCUCCGUCAGCCCUUGCCGGCACGUCAUGCCCGCGGCGCCCAAAAUAGGCUCCGCGCGGCUCCGAAACACACCCGCGUCGUGAGGCCCGACGGAGCGUACUGGGCCGAGCUUGACAAUGACAAUAUCCUCCAACCCCUCGACGCUUUGGGCAUUUCCAGCACCAGGGGCCCCGGUAGAUACGCCGUCCAGCGAGGCAGAGUUGUGCCUCAGCACCAGCAUAUUGGCAUCGUGCUGCCUUCUCAGAACCCGUACACAUCUGCGCAAGCUGAUUUAAUUCCUCCACGGCAAAGUUCGCGACGUUUGCCGCGGAGCAGCCCCAACUCGACCUGGCGCCCAGCGCCCUCAACUUACGACCACGACGACAGCCAAGUGUCGACUCCGACACAGCAUUACAAGCUGGCGUCUACUCACCGUUCCGCCGGAUCGGCCACGGAGCUGGUCUCUCCACCGAGCUCACCGGAGUCGAAUGCCCCCCAUGACGGCCUCACCGCGGGUGAUGUCUCGCCUAUUGAUGAGUUUGACGGCUCUCAGCAGCAGGCCUUGAGAGGCGACCGUUGUGACACGCUCGCGGCGCCCCUCCAGCAACCUCACGCUGGUAUUGAAUCAAGGCCGUUUCGGAGCGCUCCGCAACAUCACGGAGGCACCGAUGCUUCGGACGCUCAGGCUCUCCGGCCCGCCGCGAACCCGGAAUGGGGCCAGCCGGCUCGUCAAGCCCCAGCCUUGUCUUCUUCUGACCACGGCGGCUCUUUAUACCCCAAGGCCGGGCCUGACCACGCCCUCCGAGUCCGCUCAGCAGCCCCUCGCCCGCUCGCUUCCCGCGCGAAUGACCCAUCUCGCUCUGCUGGACAGCGAACGCGGGCAGCGUUGGCGGCGAAACCAGACCCGAUGGAAAACCGUCCGCCGUGGCAUGGUGCCAGCGGCCGCUCUGCGAUGUUGCGCCCGAUGCGCGACAACCUGGGCGUCGCGCCGCUGUCGCUUCCUCCCAAGAGCAGCAGGAAAUCCAGCCCAGCGGCGGCCCUCGCCUCAGCGCCCACUGAGCCCCAAGCGUCCGGUGCCCGCGGCGCUGGCAGCGCCAUGCGGAAAUUGCUCCCUCUGGCCUCCAAGCACAAAACCAGGGCAUCGGCAACGCCGUCGACCCGGGCAGCAGCAGCAGCAGCAGCAGCAGCCGCUGCGGAGCAGCGAACGCGGGCGGCCGGAAAGUCGUAUCCCAGUCCUCUCGAGGGCGAUGUGUCCGUGCCGGAAGCCAAGUCUUGUGGUGACGCGCUGCGCGAGGACCAGCCGCGCCAAUCCUCGAGGCCCCGUGCCCCCGCGCAUAUCUCGGCCUCCUUGAACGCCAACGCCAUCAGGAGGAAGCCCGCACCUACGUCGGCCCAUGCCGGUCCGGCGUCGGAUCCCCUGCUGCCAAGCACUCCGCCCGCAGGUCGCGCCGGCAACGCCGAGAGCUUGCCCAGCUCCGCCCCGUCGCCGUGCCCCGUCCGACCGGACCCUACGUGUCGCGCCCAGCAGCCCAGCUCGCGCUUCAGCAUGACCACCUGCGCAACCUCCAAUCCUGGCGGCAGCCCCGGCCCAGGUCCAUCGAGCGAAAAGACCCCGUCUCCGCCAACCCCCCAGCCACCAGCUGUCGGCGUCCUCGAUCGCACCAGGCCUGUGGCCAGCCGACGAACCACCCCGUCGGGCUCGCAAGAGCCCACACUCAUAGCCCUGUCGAGCGCGCGCAAGCCAACGGAGCCACCACCACCACAUGGCACGCGUCACCUCCUCAGACACAGCCCGCACAACCGAUCCGUCAGCGAAGCAAAGCCACCAGAUUGCCGGGCAUCUAUCCUGUCCACCGCGUCGUCGUCCAUGUCCAAGCCCCUCCCGCCCGCACCGCCCGAAAUGUCCCCGAGCAACGACCGCAUCACCCAUCUGAAGAUCCAGAGCGACGCCCUGCUCCACCGCCGAGUCAACAUCCAGAGGAUCAUCAAGCAGAUGACGGAGCUCAUGCCCCAGGACAACCUGCUCGCCAGCGACGAGGUGCUUCGCAGACGAGAGGAGGAGAAGCAAAAGGUCGAGAAGCUUCGCCGAGAGCUUGCCGACGUCCAGAGGGAGGAGCACCAGCUGGGCUUGCAGCUGCACCGCGCGUAUAAGCGUCAGGACAAGGACGCCGAGUACGAGCCCACGACGUUGUGGGUGCGAAGGCUAGCCGCGUGA